AUGUUUUAUGAUGCUAUGAACAAGGUUUCUGCGGACGUCAAUUAUUAUAAUAUAAAAUGUCAUAAUAUUAAGGUAAAAAUAAAGAAAAUUGGAAAAGGUAAUAAACAUGUAAAUGAAAUGGUAAAUAGAACGGUAAAAGAAGUGACAAAUAUUUGUAAAAUGUUUAUAACAUAUUUACUUCAAUAUGCAUUAUCGAAAAUUUCAAAUUCUAAUUACGAUCAGUGUAUUCUAUUAAAUUAUUGGAUAUACACUAAAUUGUAUAAUAUUUUUGGUUCUAAGAAUCUUCCUACUAUUCUUGAUGUUUUUGCCAAAUACGAACAGAUAUGGUAUGAAAUUGUUGAAAAACACCUAGAUAAAUCUCAAUAUAAAAAAUGUACACCAGACCAUAGUACAAUUGGGAAAAGAGACUGGGAGAAAAGAAAAAAAUUGUACGAUUAUUAUGUUGAUUAUGAUUAUCUUUUGAGUAUGGCUAAAAUCAAAAAUAAAAUUGAAUGUACAUAUUAUAAUAAACUUAAUGAAAUGAUUUCAUUAUAUGAAUCCUUUAAGGAUGUAUGUGAACCUAAAACAGACAAUUGUCCAGACGUCUUUUAUAAAUGUCGGGAUAAAAAUAUUGAGUCUGCGAUAAAAGAAUUAACAUGUGAUGCUGAAAUUAUAGAAGUGCAUCCACAACGUGCAGAUGAUGUUGAAGGUGAAAAUAUAGAUGAUUUUACAGUCGAAUUUGAUACCCAUUUAGAUAGUGAAAAUUCCGGAAUAGGAACAAAAGUUACUCAUUCAAUUCUUGGAGCAGCUCCAGUUUUAUUAACUGGCACUGUGUUAUAUAGAGUAUGUACAUACUUUGUAAAAAUAUAUCAUUAUGUUACGAACUUGUAA